CCGCACAGCACGACCCAGCGCUCAGCUCACCUGUCCCCCCUUGCAGAAAUAUUAAGUAGCCUAUUUUGCUUCUUUUUUUUUUUUUUUUUUUUUUUGUCGGGCGACGAAGACGUGAGGACCUGAAAGGAGAGCCCUGACGUCAUCAUGCCAGGUAGAGUCUGAAGGGAGUGUUUAGGUCGUGAGGAGGAGGAGGUGGAGGAGAAAGAGGUGGAACACUGCGGGUGUGCUUGGGGUAGCCUCUCCAUCGCGGUGAACACCUUUCGGGUUCGGACGCACGUAAGAUGAUGGACGGCUGGCCGCCGCCGCCGCCGCUGCUGCUGCUGCUGCUGACCGUCCUCUCCAUCGCGGGAGGAGGCCUUGGGGCAGACACAGAGGAGCGAUUGGUGGAGCAUCUCCUGAAUCCAGCCCAUUAUAACAAACUGAUCCGUCCUGCGACUAAUGGCUCUGAGCUGGUCACUGUGCAGCUGAUGGUAUCGCUGGCCCAGCUCAUCAGUGUGCAUGAAAGAGAACAGGUGAUGACGACCAACGUCUGGCUAACACAGGAGUGGCAGGACUACCGUCUGACUUGGGUCCCUGAGGAGUUUGAUGGGAUGAUGAAGGUCAGGCUGCCCUCGAAACACAUCUGGCUGCCUGACGUGGUGCUCUACAACAAUGCUGAUGGCGUGUACGAGGUGUCUUUCUACUCAAACGCUGUGGUCUCCUACGAUGGCAGCAUCUUCUGGCUGCCCCCAGCCAUCUAUAAGUCAGCCUGUAAGAUCGAGGUCAAACACUUCCCCUUUGACCAGCAGAACUGCACCCUGCGAUUCCGCUCCUGGACCUACGACCGCACCGAGAUCGACCUUGUGCUGCGAGCUGAUGUGGCCAGCAUGGACGACUUUACGCCCAGUGGGGAGUGGGAUAUCAUCGCCCUGCCAGGCAGACGAAAUGAGAACCCGGCCGACCCUGCCUACGUGGACAUCACGUACGACUUCAUCAUUCGUAGAAAGCCUCUCUUCUACACCAUCAACCUCAUCAUCCCGUGCGUGCUCAUCACCUCACUGGCAAUCCUGGUCUUCUACCUGCCGUCCGACUGCGGCGAGAAGAUGACUCUCUGCAUCUCCGUGCUGCUUGCGCUCACUGUGUUCCUGCUGCUGAUCUCAAAGAUUGUCCCUCCCACUUCACUGGACGUUCCUCUGGUUGGGAAGUACCUGAUGUUCACCAUGGUCCUUGUCACUUUCUCCAUUGUUACCAGUGUGUGUGUGCUCAACGUGCACCACCGCUCCCCCACCACACACACAAUGCCCCCCUGGGUUAAGCUGGUGUUCCUCAACAAACUUCCUGCUUUGCUCUUCAUGCGGCAACCUAGAAACAGCUGCGAGCGCCAGCGGCUACGCCAAAGAAGGAGGGCACAGGAACAGAAGGAGGGAGGGCGCAGCGGGGAGGCUGGGGCCUUGAUGGUUGGGCUUGGGCUGGGUGGUGCAGGCGGGAAUGGUGGGGGAGCAUCCACAGGGGUGUUCGGAAAGGAGGACAGUGACCCGUGCACCUGCUACGUGAACCGGGCGUCAGUGAAAAAGUUUGGGGGGGAUCUUGGAGGAGCAGGAGGAGGGUCCAUGGAUGGGCUGAACAGAGUGAGGGAGGGCCGGGAAGGGGGGUCCGGAAUCAAGCCACGGGGGAAGCCAGGACCAGGAGGUCCCCCUCUGACUCAGGCCCUGCUGGCUCAAGCCUGCCCAGGGUUUGAGGAGGCUGUGGAGGGAGUACGCUUCAUCGCAAACCACAUGAAGGGCGAGGAUGAUGAUCAGAGUGUGAGCGAGGACUGGAAGUACGUUGCCAUGGUGAUCGACCGCCUCUUCCUGUGGAUCUUUGUGUUUGUGUGCGUGUUUGGCACACUGGGCAUGUUCAUGCAGCCACUCUUCCAGAAUUACACAGUCAAGACCAUCACCAGUUCGCCAGGCUGACCACUCCCGGGCCCUGAGCACGCUGACGGACAGCUCCCCCGACCAAUCAGCACAACAGGACAUGAGCCGGCGAUGGUUGUGGGGGUUGGUCCGGAUUUUAUUGUGUCUAUUUGGACUGGAACCAGAACUGGAUCUGAACAGUAAUCAAGCCCAUUACCUUUAUAGGACUGAUUUUUGCAACUAACAACCGUUUUUCUUGUAUGAAGACAAAGGAAAACAUUAUCAUAGACUCUAACCUCCAGAUGUUUCAUGGACUGACCUCCCUUCUCUGGUGGAAAGGUCCCUCCAUCCCUGCUUUCCUCCUCAGUUUAUCAGGGAGCAAGGGUGCUCUGAUUAACUUCUUGUUAAACCUCACGUCGGCCACUUUUUCUCGCUCGACGCUGACUGCUUGAUAGAGACUUGACAACGGCGACUUUACGUGUUCAUGAUAUUGACUGAUGUCAGUAUGAGCCAAUCAGAAAGAGCAGGGAGGUUCAGGUCAAGGUUGUGAUAUAUUGAUUUUAUUUUUCCAGGAAUUCACUGUCAGUGAACUGAUUCAGUAUAUUUUAUCAUAGCAUAGCCGCUUACCACAGUAUAGCAUUAGGAAUAUAUUAUUAAGAUUUCUCUAUGUUAGCUCAUGCAAGGGUCUGUCACUGAUAGAGAGGCUAUGAUGUGUUGUAUGAUUGUAUAGUUAAAAAAAAAGAAUGUGAUACAAACUGUGUUACACAGCCUGUGAUGCGCACACUAUCACAUUGUGUACAUGCAACUGACGGCGUUGUAAAACACAUGCAGGAGAGUUGGAUUGAAGAGUGAGGUAACGAUAUUAGAUGAAAGCCGUGGGGAAGUCAUAGAUUAUGCAUGGACAGUUUUUUGCUUAGAGAGAUGUGAACAUUAAGUAGAGAGCAGCAGAACCAGUGCUGGAGUACUCAGUGCUGCAGACAGAUGAGCUUAGCUCCAGAGAAACUGAGGAAUCUGAGCCAAGAUGGCGGAUAGGACCUCCUAUAUCCCUGACAAACACGGAUAUAGGAGUAUUUAGAGAUCAGAUGGUUCAAAGAUCAGUAUUGGAACAUGUAAAUCAAAUUAUUUUGAUGGAAAGAUGGGAAUUUUAUUAUGAAAUUGAAGCUAUUAUGUGUAUUAAGUGUAAUUUUCAUAUUUCAGUAUGUAAUGUUCAGAGCGUAUGUAUACAAGAGUGUGUGUUUGUGUGUGGGUGUGUGUGUUAUGCGUGCCCCAUGCCCUGAUGCAUUAUCAAAUCUGUCAGUUCAGAACAGCAUACUGUAUGUGCAUCUCCCCCCUCCUUUCUGUCUGCAGUCCUCUGCCCUUUAUCUGGUCUUCCAUGGACAAACACAUAUCUGACAUAUAGUCCAAUUAAAAUAACGACUCCCCACAUUCUCUGCACACAUAUUCUUUAUGGCAGUUCUCCUUUUUUCAUCGCCGACUGGAUGAUUUUCUCUCAUUUCUACAUUUCCCAGGGACAACCAAGCUAGAGGCAGAAGGUACUUUUCAGGCACACGGGGAGGAGAGAGGUGAAUUAAAUUUUCAAUGAACAAGAGAGAGAAAUGACAAGAGCGCCGAUGCUGAAGCAGACGAAUCAGGCGACGAGGCACAGAUGCAGAAUCAUAGGCCGGAAACACAAGGCAAAAAAUGGCAGGGUAUGGUUUCAAUGUCUUUGAUUUUAUGUUGAUGUAGCAGCUGUGGAGCAAUGGACUGAAAAUAUGAUAAUCUGAUAACAGCAAGAAAAUACAUCAGUAAGGAAGGAAUGCAGCAGGAUAGGUAGAGACAAAAGACUGUUCAAAUUGUUAUUGCAUAUAAAAGCCACCAUAAAACUCUGAAAAUGCUCUCCAAUCUUCAGUCACUGUCACUACGUUCCCCCAGCUUUUUACGGUAGUGGCUGCAGCUCAGCUAAGUGUUGGACUCUCUCUGUCUGUCUCUGGAGGACAGGAUUUUCCAGAGGGGGAAUCCCCAACAGAUCCUGAAACAAGUGCAAAAAGCCUCUCAGAGACCUGUGAAAAACUGAAGGCUACACGACUCCAC